AUGUCUCAGCCAGCUUCGCAGCGUAUCGGAACUCGUCCUAAAAAUGCAACCCAACAUCCAGGACGCAUUGUGCUUGAGGCCAAAGGUCGUACAAAAAGACGCAGCAAAGCUCAAAUAAUUGCUGACUGGCAGCGCAAGCUCGAGGAAGAAGAGGCAAGUGAACAAGCUAUACAGCAAGGGCAUCAGCAUAUAGCAACUCUCCAGGAACAGAUGGCAACAGAUCAAGCUGCUGCAUGUGUCGACGCACCGAAGCCUAAACGUCCCUGCGCUCGCCCCAUAAAAAAGGGAGCGAAGCCCUCAGCGACCUCUGAAUUGAGUAUGGCUAAUGGGGAGGCAGGUGCAGAGGUCGCUGCUGAUAAGGUUGUUGGCGCCAAGGGCAAGUGUGGCGGGUCUGGAGGUAUGUUGGCAGCCGGUGCGAACAUUGAUAACCCUGCAAGCGACGAGGAAUUAGAUGCACAACCUGUGAAGGACAAAAGCAAUAAGAAAGCAUUGAAGACCCCAGUGAGAGAUGCAAUUCGAGCGGUAGCAGGCGCUGAGAGCCUUAUCGAUCCAUCAACAAAGGCAUGUGAUGGUGAUAUCCAUCAGAUGUCUGUCGCCAAGGCCCAAACACCCGCCAGAAAGUUCAACCUCGCUGGGCGUAUUCCAGAUUGGAGGUCAAAUCUUCCCACUUCUAAGGCCGCACCUUCUACUGCAUCUUCUGUCCAGCGGUCUAUCACUUCUAAUUCCGCCCCCUCCUCUAGGCUUACCAAGGGGAGCACUGUUAGCUAUAAUAGUGCACCCCCACUCACUCCUCAAGGUACUCCCGAUCCUGACGAUGGCGCAAUAAUUCAACACUCGCACCUAUAUGAAGACGAGGAGGACGAUGAUGAAUCGAACGAGUACGGCUUUUCUAGUGGGGCACAAGUCAAGGCUUUCGCGGGUACAAACAUCAAGAUCACCCCCAUCAAUCUCGACGACAAGGAGGAGCCACAGAAUAUGGUGUAG